AUGCUUGGCAGAUUGAGAAUGACUAUCGACGAGUGUAUCCGAGCAUACGAAAACGUUGGUCGAGCCGCCUUUACCCCGAAACGAACGUCAUGGCUGCCUGCCGCGCCUGAAGGUGCCUUCUCAGCCACCGCCCUUGAGGCUGCGAUAAAACAAGUUGUGAGGGAAAAUUGCACGGACCCAGGAUGCGUCGCGAAACGAAGCAACGCCCAGCCAACUGGGAAGAGCUGUCUCCACGAGAAUCUGAGAUUCCGCGACGGGACUUGCACCAAGACCGUCGUUCUAGCGACUACGAAAGCGAACGUCGAUACGCGCCCUACACUCUUCACAACCUACGGUUCAUCCACAAGCUACCAAGACUGUAGCAUCUGGCAAGUCGCCCGUGCGACCUCGGCUGCGACAACCUUCUUCAAGUCAAUCGAGCUUGGCCGGGAUAAGAUCGAGUUCAUCGACGCAGGCUUCGGAUACAAUAACCCAUGCGAAAUCCUUAUCGAAGAGGCCCAAAAGCAGUAUCACGGUCGUAGUGAAUUCCUGGUCUUGAGCAUCGGCACUGGCCUAGGGAAUGUUGUGGAUAUUAAGGACUCGCGCCGGUCCAUCCUCAGAGCGCUGAGGAAGAUGGCUUCGACCUCGAAAGCGGUCGCAGCAAGACUGAAAGACCGGUAUGGCGAUAGUGACCAGUACCACAGAUUUAAUGUGGAUCGUGGACUGGAAGAUACCACGAUAUCGGACUGGGAGAAGACAAGCAAGAUAUCUGCGCACACGCAUAACUACUUGCAGGAGAAUGAGAAUCAAGUCGAGGAAUUCGUCAAAAAACUUCUUCGUGGCGCGGAAGGGCAAAGACAAGUUAUCGCUGACCUUGUUGGCACGCACAACGAACGUGUCUAUUUGAUUCCUUUUCUGCCGAACGCCAAGUUCACUGGACGGAAACAGACACUGCAUGAUCUGGAACAGAGGCUUUUCGUCCGUCAGGAUUGCCAAAAGCUCGCUAUAUUUGGACUCGGCGGCAUGGGCAAAACUCAAGUGGCCCUACAGUUUGCGUACUGGGUUAAGCAACACCAGCCACAGUAUUCAGUCUUUUGGGUCCCAGCGUUGAGUGAGGAGAGUUUCACGCAGGCGUAUAAAGAGAUUGCAAAACAAGUCGGCAUUCCCAUCGAUAUCGAUAAAGAAGACCCAAGACUAUCCCUGCAGAGGCAUCUCAGCUCUAAGGAUGCGGGUAGGUGGCUGUUGAUCAUGGAUAACGCAGACGAUCAAGAUGUGCUGUUUGGGGAGACCGGUAUACGCAAAUAUCUACCGCAAAGCGAGAUGGGCCUAACAAUCUUCACGACACGAUUCAAAGAGAUCGGCCUAUCAUUAGCGGAGACUGAUCUAAUCGAGUUACAAGAGAUGGGGCCACGGGAGGCAGAGGAAUUCCUAGAAGCAUCACUUCUUCCGGAAGUGCUUCGAGACGAAGCCACAACAACGGAGCUCCUCAUCGAAUUAAGUUACCUACCGUUAGCAAUUGCGCAAGCUGCCGCUUACCUAAACAGAAACCAGUCGUCGUCUGUAAGGAGGUAUCUUGAGCUGCUACGCGGGACGGAAAAUGACAUAGUCAGUCUGCUUAGUAGGGAGUUCCAAGCCAAUACUCGUUACCCGGGGUCGUCGAAUGCAGUGGCAACUACCUGGCUCGUGUCUUUUGAGCAGAUCAAGAACUCUAAGGACCAUGCUGCCGCAGCUGACUUGCUUUCCUUCAUCUCCUUCAUCGAGCCGAAAGCCAUCCCUCGGUCAAUCUUUCCACAACUUGGGUCGGAGGAAGAAAUGGAGUUCGCGAUCGACCGGCGGUUUAAGGAUGCUGUGGAAUGUUUCGAAGAGGUUGUAAUGUGGAAAAGAGCUUAUCUUCUUGACGAAGAUCAUGCUCGGCUGGCAUCUGAGCACAACCUUGCAAGCGCAUACCUUGGGGCCAGGCGGAUCCACGAUGCGAUCGGGAUCUUCGAGCAUGUAGUAGAAGUGCACAGGAAGAUGCUCGACGAAGAAGAUGAUGAUCGACUAACAUCAGAGCACAACCUUGCAUGGGCAUACCUUGGGGCCAGGCAGAUCUAUGAUGCGAUCGGGAUCUUCGAGCAUGUAGUGGAAGUGCACAGGAAGAUGCUCAAUGAAGAAGAUGAUGAUCGACUAACAUCAGAGCACAACCUUGCAUGCGCAUACCUCGAGGCCAGGCAGAUCUAUGAUGCAAUUGGGAUCUUGGAGUAUGUAGUGGAAGUGCGCAGGAAGAUGCUCAACGAAGAAGAUCAUGCUCGACUGGCAUCAGAGCACAACCUUGCAAGGGCAUACCUCGAGGCCAGGCAGAUCCAUGAUGCGAUUAGGAUUUUAGAGCAUGUAGUGGAAGUGCGUAGGAAGACGCUUGAUGAAGAAGAUUAUGCUCGACUGGCAUCAGAGCAUACGCUUACGCUCGAGGGCUAUAGUAGUUAUAUCUGCUCGGUCGCAUUCUUACCCGACUUGAAGCCGGUGGCCUCGGGCUCCGGGGAUCGCAUGUUAACGAAGGUCGAGAUCAUCUCCCUAGGAAGUGCACCAACGGAGAUGGAUUACUUUGCACCGCAGGAACUGGUUUUGGUUACCCCCAGAAUAUCGACCAGUGUGUUCAACCAUGUCUGGCUCUGA